AUAUUAAUCGCGCUUUAGGAAUUCGUUACCCGUCGUAGCCAUGGCCACUGACGCUUCCCCACAAUAUCGGACUGUACCACCGCCGCCGGAUUUUCACCCUGAGAUCAUAAUAUCUCCUUCACCAUCGCACGAUGGCCUUGAGUUCUGGCAGUUCAUGAUCGCAGGGUCUAUUGCGGGCUCCAUCGAGCACAUGUCUAUGUUCCCUGUUGACACUCUUAAGACCAGGAUGCAGGCUCUCGGGGCUUCCUGCCCGGUUCAGCCUGUCGGGGUCCGUCAAGCCCUCGGCUCAAUCCUAAAGCUCGAGGGCCCCUCUGGGCUAUACCGUGGAAUAGGCGCCAUGGGACUUGGCGCGGGACCCGCUCAUGCCGUAUACUUUUCAGUUUACGAAUUCUCUAAACAAUUUCUGUCCCGUGGCGACCCGAACAACCCGAUUGCCCAUGCCGUUUCCGGUGUGUUCGCCACGGUCACCAGCGACGCCGUGAUCACGCCGAUGGACAUGGUGAAACAGAGACUUCAAUUACAGAGUAGUCCGUACAAGGGAGUCGCGGAUUGCGUGAAACGGGUGCUGGUGGAGGAGGGCAUCGGAGCGUUCUACGCGUCGUACAGAACUACUGUAAUCAUGAACGCACCAUUUACUGCCGUCCACUUCGCUACUUACGAAGCGGCAAAACGUGGGUUGAUGGAGGUGUCCCCGGAUAACGCGAGCGAUGAGAGACUGGUAGUUCAUGCCACCGCCGGUGCUGCUGCAGGUGCUCUGGCGGCCGCCAUCACAACCCCACUUGAUGUAGUUAAGACCCAGUUGCAGUGUCAGGGAGUUUGUGGGUGUGACAGAUUUUCCAGUAGUUCAAUUGGGAAUGUUAUCGAGACGAUUGUGAAGAAGGAUGGAUACAGAGGGCUGAUGAGGGGAUGGAUUCCGAGGAUGCUCUUCCAUGCUCCGGCCGCCGCCAUCUGCUGGUCUACCUACGAAGCAUCGAAGUCUUUCUUCCAAAGACUCAACUACAGCCACUAAGGGAUGAAGAAUAUUGAUGUUGUAUGUCUGUUGGGGGUGCUGUGUUUUGUACUUCCACAAUUGCUUGUCGCAAAACCCUCAAAUCUUUUCCCUCAAAUAAAAGCGCUGGAAUAGA